AUGUACCGGUGUCAUCCUACUGGGAAUACACCUACAGUAGACCUGACCUUGCGUCGGGCCCUCCAGCACGAGCUGGCGAAGUGCUCCCAUAACGUCAGUCUCUUGCGAGUUGUGGUUUGCGCUAGUGCAAUCUGGACGGAGGGCGAGCCGCCAAUGGAGGGGCUGCGGAGCGUGCUUAUGGGCGUCCUUGUUUUGGCCUCACUCCUUAAUGGCGGUUCCUGCAUAACUCUAGACCAAGUAGCCAGCAUGGUCCCAGGCGGCAAUCUUAAUGCAAUCUCCACGCUGAAUCUCAGCUCUCGGGGGCUUACCGGUGCUCUUCCUCCUGAACUGGGUCUCCUGCAAAAUCUCAUUGUUCUUGACCUGUCAGACAACCAGCUCUCAGGGCCCAUUCCCCCUGAGCUAGGCAACCUUGCCGGACUUCAGAAACUGUGGCUCCAUAUCAAUAAACUUUCAGGGGCCAUUCCCCGCACCCUGGGCGGGCUUGGAUCCCUCAAAUCACUGGCACUCUUUAACAACAGCCUCUCUGGAGGGAUCCCUGCGGAGCUCGGCCAACUGGCAAACCUGGAGUACUUCGACGUAGGUAACAAUCUUUUGUCGGGAGUCCUUCCGGCCACGUUGGCCCAAAUCCCUGUUCUGUCCUGGCUAGCCGUUUUCAACAACCAGCUAUCAGGUGCAUUUCCUCCAGCCGUCGCCGCCUCACCCUCUCUAGUAAUCGCCGACUUGUCAAGGAAUAGCUUUUCGGGGGGGAUCCCUGUCGAGUUUGGGAGCGCAACUGCGCUGGAGGAGCUAUAUCUGUGGAACAACAGUCUGUCAGGUCCCAUUCCGCCCCAACUUGGAAACCUCACGCGACUACGGAUAUUGAGUCUUUCAACGAACCCGCUCUCGGGCUCCAUUCCUCCCGCAUUGGGUGGCGCAACUGCUCUGGAGGUGUUGUACCUUUAUAACAACAAUCUGUCGGGUCCCAUUCCUCCCCAAGUGGGAAAUUUCCCACGACUCCGGAAACUGGAUCUUGGAAGCAACCGGCUCUCGGGCGCCAUUCCUCCGGCACUAGGCGGGCUCACCCGAUUGACCUACCUCAGCCUGUUUGACAACUCUCUUACGGGCCCGAUCCCUCCGGAGCUGGGCUCUCUCACCAGGCUGCAGUACCUGUAUCUCUCCUUCAAUUACAUUUCCGGGCGCAUUCCCCCCUCCCUGGGCAGCCUUGCCAGUCUUGUAGAACUCGACCUGAGGGCAUACGAGUAUAGCAGCCCCACCCUGUCCGGCCCCAUUCCCCCAGAGCUCGGCCGCCUGUCCAAUCUCCGUUACCUGGGGUUAUCCUGGAACUCGCUGAACGGCACAAUUCCCCAUGAAUUGGGGGAGGCGCGAAGCCUCCAAUAUCUGCGCCUGGAAUGGACCAGGCUGUCGGGGGCGAUUCCGGAUGCGCUGGGAAACCUCCAAAACCUGCUCUACAUCAACAUAACACGAGCGAGCUUGAUGGGGCCGAUCCCCUCGGGGCUCGGACGGCUUUCUGCGCUGAAGAGCCUGGACCUGUCUAGAAACUCAUUGACGGGGCCCAUUCCCCCGGAACUUGGCAACCUAGCCAACCUGGAAGAACUGCUCCUGGGGAACAACUUUGGGAUCUCGGGUACGAUUCCCUUGGAGCUGGGCAGGCUUACCAAACUGAGGCGACUCAAUCUGGAGAGUGCUAACCUUUCCGGGCCGAUCCCCCCUGAACUUGGGAAUCUUGCCAAUAUGGAGCUCCUUGAGUUAGAAAGCUUCUCGGACGGCCGCACGUUGGGGCCCAUACCCCACGAGCUUGGCCGCCUCGCGCGGUUGACCCAUUUGGACCUUGAGAACAGCCGCGGCUUCUCAGGUGAGAUCCCGGAAGAGUUUGCCGCGCUGACCAGGCUCUCAUACCUGAACCUUCGGGGGUGCAACCUGACCGGGCGGAUUCCCCCCUGGUUUGGGGGUCUAACCAGCCUAACCGAGCUUGACCUCUCAGUGAACAACUUGACCGGGCCCAUUCCCUCGGAGCUGACGGGACUCACCCAGCUGACGUCACUGUCGCUAGCGCGCAACAAUCUGUCCGGACCCAUCCCCUCUCAGCUAGGUUCCCUUGUCAACCUAACAUCGCUAUCGAUCUACCAAAACAGCCUGUCUGGAGAGAUCCCCGCCGGCCUGGGUAACCUUGUGCAAUUGACAGAAUUGUAUUUCUUCAAGAACCGCCUAAGUGGGGGGAUCCCUGCGGAGCUGGGCCGCAUGACCAAGCUUAGAUACAUAGACCUGUCCAUUAAUAGCCUGACUGGGCGGAUCCCAGGGGAGCUCGGGGCCCUAGGCGGUCCAGUUAGUAGUGGCUCUUUCUCGCUUGAUCUGGGUAGCAACCGGUUGUCUGGGGAGAUCCCCCCCGAGCUGUUCCGCGCGCCUUUCGGGAUGUACUACCUCGACCUGUCCAACAACAGCCUGUCCGGGGCGAUUCCGGCGGAGAUUGCCAACAUCAAGUCUUUGGAAACGUUCCGGCUGUCCUCCAAUAACCUAACCGGGGAAAUUCCCCGGAGUCUUGGGAAGAAUCGCGGCCUCCGCGAGAUCGACCUCUCGGACAACCGGUUGUCGGGGCCUCUGCCGCCGGAGCUUGCCACAUUGGACUUCUGCAAAGUCUUCCGGGUUUCGAACAACAGCCUGACGGGGCCUAUUCCCCCGACCUACGCGAGGCGCCAAGACGGCUAUCGCAGCGCCGGCCUUGGGAACUCGGAAUUCGCCGUGGCGCACAACAUGCUUUCCGGCCCGCUCCCGUCUAACAUGUGCGUCUGGGACUUGGACGUCUCGUACAACGCUCUCUCCGGGCCUGUUCCCACCGACAUCGCCACCUGCGUCUACGGCAACUUGGACUUGAGUGGGAAUGCGUUCACUGGCUCGCCGGCGGAGCCACGUGUCCGAAUGCCCCUUGUUUUGGGGAUCGACUACCCCCUUCCAAACUGGAUGCCCAACGCCACCAACCUGACAGCCCUUCGCCUGGGUGUGAAUAACCCCCCGGUCACGUCAGUCGACCUGUCGCUGGUCCCCCCCGGAUGUAAACUGGUCACGAUCUUGGGCCCCGCCCCCCAGUUGCGCGACAUCCGCUUCUGGCGGGGCUGCUCCGACGGCUGCGCGGUGAACCUCAUCGGCACCGGGGCGAAACUCUCGCAGCGCACUCGGAAGGAGGCAUGUCUCGGGAAGAUCUCGCUCUUUUUGGAGGGGAACUCCCCGAUAGCCGUCGUUCCGCAGCUCACGACGGGCAGUACUACGCCCGAACUCCCCUACCUGUUCAACGCCCAAGGGGUGUACUGGUUCCAAAACGACACCGACUUCGUGGACAAGAUCGACCUCGGCCCGGGGGGCCUGGCCUACACCGGGGUCUCCUUCAGCCGCGUCCAGGACGGGAACCUCUGCCAAAACCCCGAGGCGAAGUACAUCGUCGCGGCCACGUGGGGCGCGUUCACAUUGGCUCUGCUCGUGGGGGGGAUGGCCAUCGCGCUCGAGUCGCGGCUGAUGCCCCAAAGUGGGGGGGACAGCUGGCUGAGCAAACGGCCCAUCCUGGCAAAACUUUUCGAGGUUUCAUCGUAUCUCGGGGGGAUCAUCACGGCGGUUGCCGCGUACGUGGACCUGUACUUUGACGUCGCCGUGCUGCGGGACGUGUGGGGCGUGUGGCCCAUGUGGGUUCUCCUCUCGUCCAUCGUGGGCCCCUUUCUGCUUUUGGGGUACUACGCGGCCGACGCCUGGGCGGCCGGGGGGGGUAUUUUCAGCCUGCCGGCCUGCCCCUCCUUCCGGUGGGUUUGGCCCGCCUCCCUAUCUGGGAAAACAUGGGAGCCGAGCCUGCAAGUGGCGCCCCCCACUGGGAAACUACACUGGGCGCGAGCGCUUCGUCUGUGGCCGGUUGCCGUGCUGCGCCUUCCGGUCUUUGAAUAA